AUGUUUAUGGCACAUUCAACGAAUCAAAACAGCGAAACAUUGACUUUAGUUAAUGAACUUUUAGAAAUAUUUUCCGAAACGUAUCUUGAGAGAGAAAGAUUAAAAACUUUAAUCAAAGACAUACAAUAUGCAGAGACUUUAUUUCGUAAAUUACAGAAUGUACUUGAUACAUAUGAUAAACAAGCAAUUAGAGAAGAUUACAGAAUAAUUCGAAAUUAUGUUCAAACCUUGGAAGAUAUCAAUAUCAAAAUAGAAAAAAAAGCUUUACACCGGAAGGAUAAAAGUAAAAUUAAUCAAUUAAUUUUGCGUGGUGUUGUAGAGAAAAUACCAGGUUUAAUAUAUUUUGAUCCAACGAAUUCUGAUGAUAGCACAAGAAAAUUAAAUAACGUGAAAGAAUUUUAUGACUGUUUUGUGACUUAUAUAUCAUUUAUUCGAGAAUCAUUGGAAAAUGUUCUUGAUGAUGAUAAAUAUUGUCUCAAAUUGGAAGAUAUACAAUCAAAAUUAUUAAGCAGGAAACCAAUAGAUAUUAAAGAUUAUUUCUCGAAAAAUUAUAUCAAAACUAACGACACAAUUAUUGAUUUAGUAUUCAAAUCAGUUUAUGAUAAAAGUGUUGAAUUAUAUUCCAAUGCUAGUGGAUGUAUUUCAACAACAAGUGCGAAUCAAAAUGAUUCUUUUCGAUCAACUACAUUCAAAAAUGCGAAUAAAUUAAAAGUGUCUUGCGAGCGUUCCGGACAGAAGGACAGAUAUGUCUGGGCUAUUCUUAUGUAUAUAUAUAUUCAUGCUCAUGAUAAUAAGCAAAGUUCAAAUGAUAUUAAAAAGAAACAUAAAGAUGGUUUGUUCAAUUUAAAAACGGAAUUUCUCGAAGUUUACGAAGCAAAUAAUUAUACCAAUUUAAACAAUUUAAUUGUAAUUUUAAAAAUUAUGAUCAAUAUUCAAAUGUACGAUUUUCGUUUAAAAAUCAGUACAUCGAUUCUUUCUAAAUUAAAAAAUAAAUCCGAUCGUGAAAAAUUCAAUGAAGUUUGUUUAAGAUUGGCACAAUCAUUUAAUAUCCAUUUAUUAAAAGAUGUGUUUGAAGAUCGAAAUCAGAUUUUAUUAAAAUUAUGCAGUUACAAUUUCAAUUUUAAAUUAUUUAUUGAAUUUGUUGAUAAAAAGAAAGAAUUCAACAAGACUUUUGAUAUUGGUAAAGAUUUAACUGCUGGCUUUAGUAUUCCAUAUUAUUUAUCGGUUAAAUUAACUGAAGAUGAUCGAUACAACAGUAAAAGUAAUAAUUAUAAUGAAAAAAAUUAUCAAAUUGUCAUGUCAAUAUUAUUCAAAGUAUUUAAUUGUUCAUCGGAUAAAGAUAAAAAGGGAUUUUUAAAAAGUAAAAAUGAAAUCAAUAAAGAAUUCGUCAAAUUAUUUGAAUCCAUUAAUCAAUUAACUAAAUUUUAUAAUCAAGAUGAUCAUAAAGAAAUUCGCCAAAAACUUCAAAAAAAGUCUAUUGGUCACAUUUUAGAUGGUUUUAGUGGAGCAAAUAAAGAAAGUUUAAACGAUCGGAAUGAAUAUGCAAGAAUAAUUAUCGAUAAUUUUAUUAAUUAUAAAAUCGAACAUGUAAUCAAAGUGAUUGAAUCAACGAAUUCAACAGAUGAAGUAUUCAAUACAUUUAAUAAUGUAAUGGCGGGAAAAGAUGACUAUAGUUUAAGUGAAUGGGCAGAAAAUACAAGUAAAUUAGGUGAUAAAUUAUAUUUCUUAUAUUUUGGUGCAUUAGCAUUAAUUUAUGAUCACCUUCAAGAUCCAAUGAAAAACAAAGAGAAUCUUUUUAUCAAAAUUGGUGUUGGUCAAGGUAAAUCUUUAACAAUCGCAGAAACAGCUCGAAAAAUUAUUCAAAUGAAUCGAAAUUUUAGUCGAACAAAACAAGAAGUAUUUAUUAUUGCUUGUUAUGAUCAUUUAGCGAAAAGAGAUUUUGAAAAUUAUCAAAGUUAUUACAGACAUUUUGGCAUUCAAUCAAUGUAUUGUUCAAGUGGUAGUUCAACGAAAGAUUUUUCUGAUCAAGACGUUAUUUAUCCUGAUUUAGAAACUUAUUUUGGUAUCUUAAGAAAAAAUGGAUUCGACACCUUAACUAAAUCAGGAAGAAUCGAUAUAUCAGAUACUAGUGAUGCAGUAUUAAUUAUGGAUGAAUUUGAUAGUUUAAUUUUGGAUUCUCAUCAUAUAUUUCAAAAAGUGGUCUAUUUUGAAUUAAAUAAUUAUCAUAGAACAAUGGCUCUUGAUUGA